CGGAGCAAGGCCGACAGCUUGGUCGCUCCGGAGGCCCCUGGACGCGCGGGGCAGCGAGGCUCCCCCCAGCCAGCUGUCACUGGGCCAUAAGUCCGGCUACUCCAGAGUUCGAUGGUGUGAUGAUGAGUGCCGCACCCCAAGACCCCUCCAAGGUGACCACCAUGAUCCCCUGGGUGCUCUUGGCCUGUGCGCUCCCUUGUGCGGCCGACCCUCUGCUUGGUGCCUUCGCCCGCAAGGAUUUCCAGAAGGGCUCCCCUCAACUUGUCUGCAGCCUACCUGGCCCCCAGGGUCCCCCCGGCCCCCCAGGAGCCCCAGGGCCCUCAGGAAUGGUGGGAAGGAUGGGCUUUCCCGGCAAAGACGGCCAGGAUGGCCAGGACGGGGACCGGGGGGACAGUGGAGAGGAAGGUCCACCUGGCCGGACAGGUAACCGGGGAAAACCAGGACCAAAGGGCAAAGCCGGGGCCAUUGGAAAGGCUGGCCCUCGCGGCCCCAAAGGGGUGAGUGGUGCCCCAGGGAAGCACGGCACACCGGGCAAGAAGGGGCCCAAGGGCAAGAAGGGGGAGCCGGGCCUCCCGGGCCCCUGCAGCUGCGGCAGUGGCCAGGCCAGGUCGGCCUUCUCGGUGGCGGUGACCAAGAGCUACCCACGGGAGCGGCUGCCCAUCAAGUUCGACAAGAUCCUGAUGAACGAGGGCGGCCACUACAACGCGUCCAGCGGCAAGUUCAUCUGCAGCGUGCCAGGGAUCUACUACUUCACCUACGACAUCACGCUGGCCAACAAGCACCUGGCCAUCGGCCUGGUGCACAACGGCCAGUACCGCAUCCGGACCUUCGACGCCAACACGGGCAACCACGACGUGGCCUCGGGCUCCACCAUCCUGGCUCUCAAGCAGGGUGACGAGGUCUGGCUCCAGAUCUUCUACUCAGAGCAGAAUGGGCUCUUCUACGACCCUUACUGGACCGACAGCCUCUUCACAGGCUUUCUCAUCUACGCCGACCAGGAGGACCCCAAUGAGGUGUAGGCAGGCCGGCGCUCGGUCUCCAGGGAGGGCACCACGCACUCCUGGUCUGGUGCUUACAGAGCGAGACCCCUAACCUGUCUACUGGGGCCGGGAGUCGGGAGCUUCUGGACUCAGGCCGACCUCCUUCCUCUGCCCCCUUUUUCUCCAUCAUUAAAUCCAAGCUUUUUUAUUCA